CGUGUGAGCCAGACACACUACUCUGUGACUCGCCUGGCUACUCUCUUCCCCUUCAAAUCUCCCGGCAACAAAUUUCCCGAUUGAUCGUCGCCGGCUACCGGCAGGUGGAAUAUCACCGGAGCAGAAACCAUGCUGAAAUUCUUGAAAGGCGUCGUCGGCGGAUCUGGGACGGGCCUCAAGGAUCUGCCUUAUAACAUCGGCGAGCCUUAUUCAUCUGCUUGGGGCUCCUGGGUUCACUACCGCGGAACCUCCAGAGAUGAUGGGGCACCUGUGUCUAUAUUCGCACUCUCAGGUAGCAAUGCAAAUGAUGGACAUUUGGCAGCCGGUCGCAAUGGAGUCAAACGACUUCGCACAGUCAGGCAUCCCAAUAUUUUAUCAUUUCUUCACAGCACGGAAGCUGAAACUUUUGAUGGCUCAACUGCGAAGGUUACGAUAUAUAUUGUCACCGAACCUGUUAUGCCACUUUCUGAAAAGCUCAAGGAAUUAGGAUUAGUUGGUACACAAAGAGAUGAGUAUUGUGCAUGGGGACUGCAUCGUAUAACCAAGGCAGUGAGCUUCUUGAAUAACGAUUGUAAGCUUGUUCAUGGAAAUGUUUGUGUUUCUAGUGUUGUCGUUACGCAAACUCUGGACUGGAAAUUGCAUGCCUUUGAUGUCCUUUCUGAGUUUGAUGGAAACAAUGAAGCUUCUUCUGGACCAAUGCUGCAAUAUGAAUGGCUUAUUGGUGCACAGUAUAAACCAUCGGAGAUGCUAAAGUCUGAUUGGUCAACAAUCAGAAAAUCUCCACCUUGGGCUAUUGAUUCUUGGGGUUUAGGCUGCUUUAUUUAUGAACUUUUUUCUGGUACAAAGUUGAGCAAGACGGAGGAAUUGCGCAAUAUAUCUUCCAUUCCUAAGUCUCUGCUUCCAGAUUAUCAACGUCUCUUGAGUGCUACACCUGCUCGCAGGUUAAAUUCAUCUAAGCUUCUAGAAAACAGCGAAUACUUUGAAAAUAAAUUGGUAGAGACAAUACAAUUCAUGGAAAUUCUUAAUUUGAAGGAUAGUGUUGAAAAGGACACUUUCUUUCGGAAACUUCCAAAUUUAGUAGAUCAACUUCCUCGUCAGAUAGUGGUGAAAAAGCUGCUUCCUUUGCUUGCAUCUGCUCUAGAAUUUGGCUCAGCUGCUGCACCUGCUUUGACAGCAUUUUUGAAAAUGGGUUCUUGGCUUUCAGCAGAAGAAUAUAAUCUCAAGGUACUACCUACAAUCGUAAAACUUUUUGCUUCCAAUGAUCGGGCAAUACGAGUUAGUCUACUGCAACAUGUUGAUCAAUUUGGGGAGUCAUUAUCUUCACAAAUUGUUGAUGAACAAGUUUACCCUCAUGUUGCUACUGGAUUCUCUGAUACAUCUGCUUUUCUUCGGGAGUUGACUCUUAAGUCUAUGUUAGUUCUGGCACCUAAGCUGUCCCAACGCACAAUAUCAGGAUCAUUAUUGAAGUAUCUCUCUAAGCUUCAGGUGGAUGAAGAGCCAGCAAUCAGAACAAAUACAACUAUAUUACUUGGAAAUAUUGCCAGUCACCUUAAUGAAGGGACGAGGAAAAGAGUUCUAAUAAAUGCAUUUACUGCACGUGCUCUGCGUGACACAUUCUCGCCAGCCCGAGGAGCAGGUGUUAUGGCUUUGUGUGCCACUAGUUCUUACUAUGAUGUGACAGAGAUUGCGACACGAAUUUUGCCAAACAUUGUUGUCCUUACCAUUGAUCCCGACAGUGAUGUAAGAUCAAAAGCAUUCCAAGCAGUGGAUCAAUUCUUGCAACUAGUGAAACAACACGAUAAGUCAAGCACAGGAGAUGCUACUGGAAUAGGCACACAAACAACCUCUAUUCCUGGAAAUGCAAGUUUGCUUGGCUGGGCAAUGAGCUCGUUGACCCUCAAAGGCAAACCUUCUGAGCAUAGUUCUGUUGCAUCUGCAAAUUCUACCGCACCACUUGUCUCUUCUAUUUCUAAUGCUAGCUCGGUUACAGAUGACGCAAAUAUAGCUCAAAUCCAAGUUCGUUCUAGUUCUGGCACUGAUAUUGCUGACCAGCCAGCUCCUGCUUCCCCUACUUCUACUGAUGGAUGGGGAGAGCUCGAAAAUGGAAUUGUAGACGAUGGAGAAAACGGAUGGGAUGAUAUGGAACCACUUGAAGAGCAAAAGCCACCUACAGCUCUUUCAAACAUCCAAGCUGCUCAGAAACGUCCUGUCUCUCAACCUAAAUCUCAAGUUUCUAUUCCGAGACCAAAGAGCAUAUCCAAGAUGAACUCAGAUGAAGAUGACCUGUGGGGAUCUGUAGCUGCACCUGUCCCAAAAACGUCCAAAGCCGCAGGCUCAAGAGCAGGCGGCUAUGAUAACGACCCUUGGGACUCCGUGGGCACCGCUUCAAGAACGACAGCCAAAAAGACCGAAACCUCCGCCGAGGAUGAUCUAUGGGGUUCCAUUGCUGCUCCCAUACCCACGACCACAUCAAGACCGUCCGUUGGGCGGGCCCGGAGUAAACCCACCGCUCCCAAAUUAGGUGCUCAAAGAAUUAACCGAACGUCAUCCGGCGGGGUGUGAAGCAUGAGAUUUACUGGCAUACAUAGUAUAUAUAUCUAUAUAUAUUUUUUCUAACCAUAAUAUCAUAUACUCCUUAUGUAAUAGUACCAUUAGUUCUCUCAGAAAGCUACCAUUUUUUGGGGGCACUUAUUGCGUAAUUCAAUUCUUUAUAAAUAAUCAAAAUUCUUUAGACUUUGGGAUGUUGUCUGCCUUUCAUAAAGUGAGGAAAAAAGUGUUCUAAUAUGAUUUGUAAUUUACGGCAUUGGUGAGCAUUGUGAAAUAAUAUUUAAUAUAUUCCCUCUGUGUAAUGUGUUUUUCUACUUUUAUUUGUACAUGUGAUAAAUAAAAUAGGUGUCAUAAU